AAACUAAACAAUUGUGAGCUCUUUGAUAAGUUUGACAACGUGUCAUGUAAAAAGAUGAACAGCGGGCCGGUGUUAGGGUAUGAAGAGGAAGUCGGGACACGGACAACCUUCCGACUUUUUUAUCCAGAAUCUGUUUUCUCAAAUAGCAGUCACAAGGAUCCUAACACAAUAGCCAUUUUCGUGGCUUUUAAGCUAUACGAUUUGGAAUGGAUGCUGAAGUUGCUGGGCAAUGGUCGUAUACACCGAACUAAUUUUUGGAAGCCACCAGCCUCGAAGUUGAUCUAUAUACCACAUCAAAUCAGAGUAUUAGAUCCUUUUCUUAUCAGGGAAACAGCUUACGAACUGCUUCAUUUUCCCAAAAAGAGGAAACACAAGCACCCAACCAUGGGAAUGAUUGCCAUCACAUUGGCAUUUCACAUCUGUCAUGAAGUUCACAUAGCUGGUUUUAAGUACAACUUUUCUGACUUCAUGAGCCCUUUGCACUACUAUGGGAAUGCCACCAUGUCUUCGAUGAAAGCGAACAUAUAUCACGAUGUGACUGCAGAACAACUGUUUUUGAAAAAACUUAUAGAAAAAAACUUUGUCAUUAACUUGACUCAAGACUGA